GAACUUAUUGCCUACCGGACAGGAUUUACAGUGGUAGUUUGCCCGCAGCGACCUUUUGACCGGAUGAAACCCCACUGCAGUGCUGACCUUGUUGGCUGUUGCUGCUGUGCCGCAAUUUGUUGGUUGCACAUGACGUUGGUGGGGCAGCUACCAGUGUUGAGUUUCCACAACAGCGUGAAUGUUUGCUGUAGUCUGACGAGUUGUGCCACCUCAAAUUACUAUUGAGACAACUCAGAAUGAUUGGACUCGCCUCGUCAAUAAUCCAGCGGACGUGGGGGAUAGUUCAGUCACGUUUGUACCAAGUCACCAAGUCAAGAUGGUUCGAGUUCUUCGGUGCGCUGCAGCACUAUUGGCGCUAUUCACUAACAUUGCUGCAACGACAGGACCUAUCGUUGAGAUCAAACC